AGUCGUCGCGUACGAUACGUGGGGUGCACAGCCCCGCGCCAAGCUCACAGGAAUGCGUUGCGCUCUGGUGCUUUAUGCAUUUUGGUCCCAAAGAGCAGCUGCCUUUGAUCUCCUCAAGACUAUUGGUAGCUUCUUUGGAGCCAAAGAUGAGACCAUCGAGGGCACCGGGGAGACUCCAGCACCCUAUGCGCUCUUCACGCACGAAGCCGGACAGCUUCAUUGCGACGAUCGUACCCUGAGGCAUCCCUGUGUCCUUGAGCUGAAAGCCUUCUUGGAGGACAAGAACGACACGGCAAAGCGGACGCACGCGCUGUCCUGUGUGAAGCAAGUCAUGGAGACAUCCCAGGACUACUGGGAACUGAAGAACAUGACGCAUUUGCUUCUGGACUUAGACACCAAGGAUCACGUCUUCGACAAGGAGUCGCGUGACAACGAGUUCAUCACUGCGGGCAUCGGCUUUGCAAAGAAGCUGAUGGCGCAUCCAGAUUGUCUCCAGGAAUUUGACACCAAAGGAGAGUUAGAAUGUCGCUGUGUGCCUUUGUAUGGCAAAGUCAGCACUCUGAAGUUGAAGAAUGCGGGCAAAUAUGACGAGGCGCAGCAGCUCUUUCAGCAAGUUCGUCAGAUGGGAUGGGAAGGUCAACAGCGGCACUACGCCCCUGGCGAAGCUGUGCCCUGGGAUAACUUCCAUCACACGCCUCAGAUCUGGGUUCGGGGGCUUCGCAGCAUGACCAUUUGGCCGAGAGAGACCUGGAAGGACUUGCCGAUCUGCAGCUUGCUCGAAGAGCAUUUCCCCACCAUCCAAGAGGAAACUGCAAGAGCAAUGGCAGAUGAAGCAGCUUCGGGUUUUGAGGAUGCCUAUCGUUUCCUCUACGAGAAGGGGGAGUGGAAUCGUGUCCUUCUGUAUCACGGUAGAAAGUUUACUGAUGAGUGCGACCGCAUCUUCCCCAAGACCUGCGCUUUGCUCAGGCAGUGGCUCCCAUCCAAGCCCGGAUUGCCAUGGACAUCGGACCAGAACGAGCAGGUGAUGGUCAUCAAGAUGAAGCAGGGAACUGAUGUGGAAACUCAUAGCGGACCUUCCAACAACAUCCUGAACAUCCACUUGGGCAUCUCUGGUCUGGAGGGGGCGAAACUCUUCGUGGCCAACGAAAGUUACCACUGGGAAGAGGGCAAGGUCAUCGCCUGGGACGGUAGCUACGACCAUCGAGUGCAUUGCCUGGACUGCAAGGAAACUCGCGUGAUUAUGAUGGUGAGGUAUAUGCACCCUGACAUGGCUCCGGAGCACUACAAGGGCCACCAGAGAACGCAUUUCGAAGAGAUUCCCCUCGAGAUGCAGUGAGGCGUUGUCGCGGCUCCAAAAAAGUGGUUAGUUAUCUUUACAUUAGGGAUGCGGCCGAGAAGGAAUGUGUUUCCUGGUAUAGAUUGGUAUAGUGGCCCCUGAUGAAGC